UGCAGCACAAGCGAUCGAUCAUCGGAGUCGCAGCCAUGGCACAGACGAUUCUUCAACUGCUUCUCGUAGGGAUUCUCCUGGUGAAUUUUAGUUACGGAGGCACUGUGAGACGACCUCGAUUGGAUGGACGCAUUGUGGGCGGUCAGGUGGCUAGUAUUAAGGAUAUUCCCUACCAGGUUUCACUGCAACGGAGCUAUCAUUUCUGUGGUGGCUCACUGAUUGCUCAAGGAUGGGUUCUCACAGCCGCCCAUUGCACUGAAGGAUCAGCCAUACUCAUAUCCAAGGUACGCAUCGGUUCUUCGCGUACCUCCGAUGGUGGACAGCUGGUGGGGAUCAAGCGGGUGCAUCGACAUCCCAAAUUCAAUGCCUACACCAUCGACUUUGACUUUUCGCUCCUUGAAUUGGAGGAUUAUAGUGCGGAGAACGUGACCCAGGCUUUCAUAAAGCUACCACAACAGGAUGCAGACAUUGCUGAUGGAACUCCCGUGCUGGUUUCCGGCUGGGGGAACACUCAGAGCAGCUUGGAGCCCACUACCGUUCUCCGGGCCGUAACCGUUCCCAAAGUCAGUCAGAUGCAGUGCACAGAGGCAUAUGGUAGCUUUGGCAGCAUCACGGAUCGCAUGCUCUGCGCUGGACUACCGGAGGGUGGCAAGGAUGCCUGCCAAGGUGAUUCUGGAGGUCCUCUGGCCGCCAGAUGGCAUCCUUUGGGGUGUUGUCUCCUGGGGUUAUGGCUGUGCCAGACCCAACUACCCCGGUGUUUACUCACGAGUGUCUGCAGUUCGGGAUUGGAUUGCUUCAGUUAGUGGUAUUUGAGAUUGAUGGAUCAAUAAAAACGAUUGUAAUUAGAUAAAAUAAUUUUAAAAUAUAUUGAUUUUUCAAUUUGAUCAAUUAAAUCACAACAUUAAUUAAACUUUCAAAUAAGUAAUUUAAGACCAAAAACUAACAAUUUCUAAGAUAUUCUUAACUGAUGAAUAAAGAAUCAACGAAUUUCUGUUA